CACCCACAAAACACAAAAUCAAAUAUCCUUUCUUUUCUCUCCACAUUUACAGCCAUCUUUUUAGGGUUUUCCUUUCUUCAUCAGAUAAUAUAAGAUGGCAGACGGUGAAGACAUUCAGCCACUCGUGUGCGAUAAUGGAACUGGAAUGGUCAAGGCUGGAUUUGCAGGAGACGAUGCACCAAGGGCUGUUUUUCCGAGUAUUGUUGGGCGACCACGUCACACUGGUGUGAUGGUUGGAAUGGGACAAAAGGAUGCGUACGUUGGUGACGAGGCUCAAUCUAAGAGAGGUAUUUUGACUUUGAAAUACCCGAUUGAGCACGGUAUUGUCAGCAACUGGGAUGACAUGGAGAAGAUCUGGCAUCACACUUUCUACAAUGAGCUUCGUGUUGCUCCAGAAGAGCACCCGGUUCUUCUAACUGAAGCACCUUUGAACCCUAAGGCUAAUCGUGAGAAGAUGACUCAGAUCAUGUUUGAGACCUUCAAUACCCCUGCUAUGUAUGUGGCCAUUCAGGCUGUUCUUUCUUUGUAUGCCAGUGGCCGUACGACCGGUAUUGUGCUAGAUUCAGGGGAUGGUGUUAGUCACACAGUUCCUAUCUAUGAAGGAUAUGCUCUUCCACAUGCUAUCCUGCGUCUGGACUUGGCAGGACGUGACCUCACUGAUUCAUUAAUGAAGAUUCUUACCGAGCGUGGUUAUAUGUUCACUACAACAGCAGAGCGGGAAAUUGUGAGAGACAUGAAGGAAAAGUUAGCAUACAUUGCUCUUGACUAUGAACAGGAGCUGGAGAUUGCCAACUCGGGCUCUACUAUCGAGAAAAAUUUUGAGCUUCCUGAUGGACAGGUCAUCACCAUUGGUGCUGAGAGAUUCAGGUGCCCAGAGGUGUUGUUCCAGCCAUCCAUGAUCGGAAUGGAAGCAGCGGGUAUUCAUGAGACCACAUACAAUUCCAUCAUGAAGUGUGAUGUCGAUAUCAGGAAAGAUUUGUAUGGUAACAUUGUACUCAGUGGUGGUUCAACCAUGUUCCCCGGUAUUGCUGAUAGGAUGAGCAAGGAAAUUACCGCAUUAGCUCCGAGCAGCAUGAAGAUCAAGGUUGUGGCACCUCCUGAGAGGAAAUACAGUGUCUGGAUUGGAGGGUCGAUCCUGGCUUCUCUCAGUACCUUUCAGCAGAUGUGGAUCGCCAAGGCCGAGUAUGACGAGUCUGGACCAUCAAUUGUGCAUAGAAAGUGCUUCUGAUUGGUGCAUUUCAGAUGCUGUUUUGAAGAUGCGCAGCUUGCAACAUUUGCUUUUAACUUUCUUCUUCUGUGUUUAUUCUAUAUGUUGUUUUUCAAGAGUUCGGUAAUGACAUUGAGAGCACAAAUAUGAUUUCUGUACGUUCCACAAUUCUUUUAUUUUAAUCUCAUUUUAGAACCUAUUAUUAA